GUGGACAGCCAGGCGCCCCGGCUCGUGGCCAACCAGCUGCGCUGGGACCUGACGGCCGAGCAGAUCGAGGCCAUGGCCGCCGAGCUCACCGAGAGCACCAAGCUCGUGUACGACCGGGUGGGCAGCCAGGAGAGGGGGGAGGUGUCCUACGAGAACACCCUGAAGGCCCUGGCGGACGUGGAGGUGGAAUACACAGGUGGGAGCAGCGGGGAGGGGGGGAAGCAGCUCCAUGCAGCACCUGGUCCUGCAGCUCCCCGAGCUCCCCGUGUUGUUUUCCAGGAGAAAGCAGAGAGUGCUUCCCUGAAACCUGAGGCAAAGAGGUACCUGGAGAGGCUGAUCAAGCUGGGAAAGAGGAACGGGCUCCAUCUCCCCGAGGAGACACAGGAGAAAAUCAAAGCUAUUAAGAAAAAGCUGAGUGUCCUGUGCAUAGACUUCAACAAGAACCUCAACGAAGACACCACCUUCCUGCCCUUCUCCAAGGAGGAAUUAGGGGGGCUCCCUGAGGAUUUCCUGAACUCCCUGGAGAAGACAGAGGAUGGAAAGCUGAAGGUCACCUUGAAAUACCCACACUACUUCCCUCUGCUGAAGAAGUGCUACGUGCCCGAGACGAGGAGGAAGGUGGAGGAGAUGUUCAACUCCAGGUGCAAAGAGGAGAACUGCCUGAUCCUGAAGGAGCUGGUGGAUUUACGGGCUCAGAAGGCCAAUCUGCUGGGCUUCAGCACCCACGCGGACUUCGUGCUGGAGAUGAACAUGGCCAAGAGCAGCGCGACGGUGGCCACGUUCCUGGAUGAGCUGGCCCAGAAGCUGAAGCCCCUCGGGGAGAAGGAGCGGGCCGUGAUCCUGGACCUGAAGAAGAAGGAGUGCGAGAAGCGCGGGCUGGAGUUCGACAACCGCAUCAACGCCUGGGACAUGCGCUACUACAUGAACCAGGUGGAGGAGACCAAGUACAGCGUGGACCAGAACCUGCUGAAGGAGUAUUUCCCCAUGCAGGUGGUCACCACGGGCCUCCUGGCCAUCUACCAGGAGCUGCUGGGGCUCACCUUCCACCUGGAGGAGAAGGCGCCGGUGUGGCACGAGGACGUGCAGCUCUACACGGUGAAGGACACGUCCUCCGGAGAGACCAUCGGGAAGUUCUACCUGGACCUGUACCCACGUGCCGGUGCCAGGGUGGGCAUGGAUUACAGGAACUGUGUCCUGCGCCCCGGCGGCUCCGUGGAUGCCUCUGACAUGCUGAGGAAGUUCCUGGGCCGGGAGCCCAAGCAGGAUGCCUUCCUGGCCAGCAAAGGACUGAAGGUGGAGAGCAGCUCGCUGCCCUCGGGCUGCUGAGGCCCCUGUGCAGUGCAGCCCCUGCCCACGCACCUCCCCUCACCUGGUACCUGCCACCAAACACCCCCUGGGCCACCCCUGCCUCGAGCUGCCCCGCCAGGGUCCCGCUCUGAGCCCCCCCCGGGCUCUGGGAGCCGGGCUCAGCCCUGGGCCAGGCUCUGCAGUGACAGGGAGGUGACCUGCCCUUGUCACCCCUGCCGGGCACGGGGCUCUGGGUCACCCCCACAGAUUUGCUGAACUUUGAACCUGAGUCCUGCACGAGGGUGAGUUUCAGCCUCACCCAGAGCCGGGGAGGAGGGGGAGAGGAGUUCCCAAAGCUUGGGGCGUUGUUUUUAAAUCCUUUUUAAGAAACCAGAAUUCCCACCCUGUUGUUGUCUCCCCCUUGGCCAGGUUUGUGCCCCAGGACAGAAGGAACUGUCCUGAGCACCAAACAAGGGCAGCGAGCCCCGCUCUCCCCAUCUUUGGGCAGCUGUUGGCUGUGGAGCAAAGAUGGGGAGAUCCCAGAGCUUAAAACCCAUGGAAUUUACUGGAACGUCCUGCCCUGAGCCCCUCGGACCUUCCUGCCUGGGAGGGGCUGGCUGGUGGAGGUGUUGCCAGAACAGGGUUUGGGGGGCAUGGCUGGACCCCCUGUGCUGUCAGGUAUCCAGGGCGGGCUGUACCUUCCCCUGGGCUGUACUGGGG